GAGAGGGAGAGGGAGAGAGAGAGAGAGAGAGAGAGAGAGUUAUAUAAAAGGAGGGUUUUUGUUGCAAAGACGAGGGCUUGGAUGAGAUAUGUUUUUGGAACAGGAACAUCUUUCGCCGAACUGCAGUUGAAGAAGAAGACGAGAAGGGUUCUGUUCGAUCUGAGUCUCUGAGGGGUUGUUUGGGUUUUUGGGAUUUUUGGGGGUUAGAUAAGAUACUAUGAGUAGCGGCGGAGGUAGCAGUAAUGGGAAGGGCAAUAAUGGGGUACCGUCGAUCCCGGCGACGUCGAGGAAGAUGGUUCAGAGUUUGAAGGAGAUUGUCAACUAUCCUGAACAUGAGAUCUACGCCAUGCUUAAAGAAUGUAACAUGGACCCUAACGAAGCCGUUCAGAGGCUACUUUCUCAAGAUACUUUUCAUGAGGUGAAGAGCAGACGAGAAAAGAAAAAAGAGAACAAAGAUACUACAGAGUCGAGGUCUCGAGGUGCCAACAGUGCUUCAAAUCGUGGAAGUAGAAAUGUUCCAGACCGUAAUGUUGGACGUGGAUGCUCCUCACAGUUCAGUUCUAGUGAAUAUGGGGUUUUGCAUGGUAAGCCUGUGUACAAGAAAGAAAAUGGGGCUAGUGCUAUCUCGAGUUCUAUGUCCUCUGCACCUGGUAUUGGAGGAAAUAAUAUCGCUCGACGGCCUAUACCUGUCAGCGAUUCUAUUAUUGCUGAAAGCAAACCUCAUGCUGUGAAUACAACUGAUGGCAUAUUUUCAUCCUCCCAACCUUCACCAGGAUUUCAACCCGCUUGGGUAGGGGUACCAGGUCAAAUUUCAAUGGCUGACGUUGUUAGGAUGGGUAGGCCUAAGGCUUCGUGCGCACCCAUUGUGUCUAAUGAGGCAUUAUUCCCACCACCUAGUGCUCUCCUAACAAAUGCAUCACAGAACACACUCAAGCAUCCAAUUGUAUGUGGAUCUUUGUCAGCUGAAUCACACCAUAAUUUAUAUUCGUCUUUAGACAUUGUUACCAAGGUUCCGGAUGCAGACCAUGAGCCAGGUAUUGCUACAAGCCAGCAUACUUCUCAUGAUGAAUGGCCCUUGGUUGAGCAGUCCCAGGCUGCCAGUAGGUCCUCUGUCCUCGAACCGUCUGCUGCCUCUGAGGUUUAUGCUGAUACACAUGUUGAUAGAAAUAAUCACCAUUUAACAUCCCUAUCAGAUGAGGUCCGAGUGUCAGAGGAAGAUGUUACUGUUGAAAAUCUUGGCACGGAUUUUGCUGGAUCUGCUUCUGGAACUAAUAGGCAUACACAGGAUGAUAAUUCUGGAGGCACAUCUCGUUUUGACAAUACAUCCUUUCAGAACAUGAGUUCCUUGCAUCCUCAUAGGCAUGCUUUUGAGGCUCAGGAAGGAAUUAGCAGCAGCUCAAAGUUAUCUGUUCCUAGUUAUUCAUUUUCUUCGGUUGAGGACAUCAGUGUAGUCGUAUCAUCAGCAGCUGCAGAUUUGCAGCAAUUGAAUUUACGGAAGGAUGAACCAGGUGUGCCGCCUACAGAGGAUAACCCUGCUGUCAUAAUUCCAAAUCAUCUACAAGUCUCUACAGCAGACUGUUCCCACCUGAGCUUUGGUAGCUUUGGGUCUGGUAACAGUGGUACAUUUUCUGGGUCAUUUGCGUCUAACCCCUCAAAAAGUAAUUUGGAGGAAACCCCUGUGGUUGUAGAUGGUUCAUCAGUUGGUCACUCAGAGGCCAGAAAUCCUGAGUACUAUGGAGAUGAACAACAACUCAGAACCACGCCAGAUGGGAAUGUGGAUCCUAGAAUUGGUUCCAGUACUGGGAAUUUCGAGUCACCUUCAUCUUCACAACCAGAGGUGAUGAAACAAGAUACUGCAGAAGCUACGCAUGGGCUCCAGUAUCCCUUUCCAUCUUCUGUACAUGGUUACACAUUUGAAAACACCACACAGCCAAAUACUGCAUUUUCUUAUGCACAAACAAGUCUGCAGAUGCAGAAUCCUUCUCCUUUUUCAAGUGUUUUGCAAUCAUAUACAAAUUCUUUACCAAGUAAUUUAUUGGCUCCAGCUGUUCAACCUGUUACAGAGUCUGAUAUUCCCUACUCACCUUUUGUUGCGACACAGUCCAUGCCCACAAAGUACAACACAGUCUCUUCUAUCACUGGCCCAUCUACUAACAUGCCAGAGGCUGCCAAGGCAGGUAUUUUUUUUUCUACACCCCAGCCAACUGCACAGACCUUGCCUGGCACCAGCAUAGCCACAGGACCUGCACUUCCUCAACACCUAACAAUGCACCCUUACUCUCAACCAACUCUUCCGUUAGGACAUUUUGCAAACAUGAUUGGGUACCCCUUUCUUCCCCAGAGCUAUACAUAUGUGCCUUCUGCUUUCCAGCAGGCAUAUACAGGAAACAAUGCCUAUCAUCAAUCUCCAGCUGCAGUACACAGUGCUGGCAUAAAGUAUACACUCCCACAGUAUAAAAAUACUGUUUCGACAAGCAAUUUGUCUGAGACUGGUGCUAUUGCUUCUGGUUAUGGAAGCUUUGGGAGUUCAACUAACGUUCCUGGAAGCUUUCCACUGAAUCCUUCUGCUACCCCACCAAGCACGAGCAUGGGUUAUGAUGAUGUGAUGAGCUCUCAGUACAAGGACAGCAAUCAUUAUGUGCCUCUUCAACAGAAUGAGAACUCUGCCAUUUGGGUCCAUGGGCCUGGUUCAAGAACAGUUUCUGCUCUUCCGGCAAACACUUAUUACAGCAUCCAGGGUCAAAGUCAGCAGCAUGGUGGAUUUCGACAGGGUCAGCAACCUUCACAGCAUUAUGGAGCUUACCCAAAUUUUUAUCAUUCUCAGCAAGGAGUUUCCCAGGAACACCCACAGAAUAACCUAAGUGAUGGGACCUUGGGUGGUUCUCAAGGAGCACCAUCUAAGCAAUCUCACCAGAUCUGGCAACACAGCUACUGAUUAAGUCUGGUUUUUCAGGGUCUUGUACCGAGUUUGAAAGUGUCAAUCAAGUUGCUACCAUGGUUUGAGCAAAUAUAUUUAUGUUGCUUGGGUGUACGGGUUUCAACUGUACAUAGAGCACUUGAUUGGAUACUGCCCUGUGCCUAGAGGUUGUAUUCUACCUUCCCACUGCCAGGGUAUGUUUUCUUAACAUAGGAGUACGCUUGCUAAUUUGGGUCUGUUUUUUCUUCUACCCUGUUUUCCUUGUUUUUUAUAGUGAGGAAAUGCUUUAUAUUUGGAAAGUCCUCUGUAACACUGAUAUAUUAUGAUUAGCUAACCAUAGUUUUAUUUUCCCCACUCU